GCACGCAGAGCUGUCAACUCUGAAACUAACCAGCAUGCUAGCUUGUUGGUUAAUAAGCUCCACGGUAUUCCCAGCACUGUGCUAAAGUUAACUGUGGCAAUAAAACAAACCCAUGCUGCCGUUUGCGUAAUUUUAAACGGUAGGAUCAUUUUUAUGCGAGCAUUCAUCACCAUAAGCAGCCCAUUUAAUUUUACUAGGCUAGCUAUAGCUGGCUGGCUAAACAAUUCCAUUUAGCUAUCAUACAUAACCUUAGUUAAUGUUGCUACAUUCGUGUUCUUACAAAACGCAAUAACGUCACUACAUAAUUCUGCUAGUUAAUGAAUGCCAAUGUGCAACAUUAUCAUGCGGCCUUUGUCUAGCUAAUGUCUGUGGUUAUUCAUUGUCAUAUUAUGACCCAUGCCAAAGGUUUUGAGAUAAUAGUAACAGGUAGCAGUCCAGGGCCCUGUAUCACGAAGCAGGAUUGCUGGUUGGCUGGAUAACUGCCCUGAGUAAAACCCAUAAACCUCUUAAAUCUGGAACAUGGACUGAAGUAAAAAGAGCUGUCCCAGGUUUUAUCCAUCUCUAAAUAAUCCUAAUUCAUGAUUCAGGCCUGAUCUCUUCCAGCUGUCAACAUUGAAUCAAGAGGUACCCGAUGGCGGUGCUGAACCUGUCAUUUGCGGCCUGCGGGUUUAUGGGGAUUUACCAGCUGGGCGUGCUGGGAGCUUUCCUGAGGCACGGAGAGAGGCUGCUGCAGACCGUGCAGGCGUGCGCUGGGGCGUCUGCGGGGGCGCUUGUUGCAACCGUGCUGGUCACUGCACCAGACAGGCUGGAGCACUGCAAGGAGUUUACGUACAGAUUUGCCAGUGAGGUGCGGAGGCAGAAGCUGGGAGCUGUGACACCAGGAUAUGAUUUUAUGCUCACACUGAGGGAAGGGAUAGAAGAGAUCCUGCCGCCCGAUGCCCACCAGAUGGCCGGGGACCGCCUGCACAUAUCUCUCACAAACUCCAGAACCAGGAGGAACCGCAUGGUGUCCCAUUUCGCCUCCAGGGAGGAUCUCAUCAAGGUUCUGCUUGCCAGCAGCUUCGUGCCUGUUUAUGCUGGAAUCAAAGCUGUGGAAUACCAAGGCCAGCGCUGGAUUGAUGGUGGGCUGACGGACAGCCUGCCAAUUCUGCCGGAGGGACGUACCAUCACCGUGUCCCCGUUCAGUGGACCCCAGGACAUCUGCCCCCAGCACGUUGGCCUGGCAAACCUCCACCUCAAACUCGCCAACAUGGACGUGAUCCUUUCUACAGACAACUUUAAAAGGCUCAAUCAAGCUUUGUUUCCGCCAACGCUGGACAGAAUGAAAACUAUUGGCCAAGAAGGAUACUACGAUGCAGUGAGGUUUUUGAGAAAAGAAAACUGGUUCAGUUAGCUUUUUAUUGUUAAUUUUUAUCAUUUUUAAAAAUGAUUUUAUCUAUAUCCAAUGUUUAAGCCGGUGUUUUGGAGCAGAAAUGAGAAAAUUCUUGGAGUGCAUUAUAGGUGAACGUUCCCAGUUGGGACCAGGUUUGAGGGCUCUGAAAAUGUCUCAUCACCAUUAUAAUAGUUGGGUGACAUUUUGGGCCUUUCAUGACACGAGGUAAAUAAGGAAUGGACUGGUUCUCUAUCCUGCGAUUUGGGUUGUUGCCAUGGAAAUACCGAUUGUAACUAGCCAGUGGUGACAAGGAGGUCUGCCACACCUGCCAGGCCAUGUAGACAAGGACAGGAAAUGGUAGGCAGCAAGUUCUUUUGAAGUGCAGAUACUGUGGCACUUGUCUGGCCAAUCGAAGGGCAGGAGGUUAGAACAGAGGUCAGAGGUCAGUGUGAUCAGAACCACGGCUGCUGAUCUGACAGGAAAUAGUCUUAUGGGAGAGAUCUGGUGUACAAGGCUUAUACAACUAAGAAAAGUGAUGGCGCCAGGUUUAAGGUAAUUGGCUUUCAGUUGUAUGGAAACCCCAUAACACUGCAAGGUAUGAACUAAAAAUAUACACAUGUGCUUUAGGUUCAUUGUAAAAUUAAUUUUCUGGAACACACACACAUGCAUACACACAUAAUGAUAUGACUACCUAUCAAGUUUAAUUGCAAACAUUUUUAUAUAUUUUAUUGGUGUGAUGCAGUAUACAAUUUUACCCAAAACAUUAGUGGGUUAGAGUACAUUUGUAUUUUUACAUGUGCCGUUUUAAUUUCAGCAUAUGUUUCCAAAGGGAACCUAAAUCUGCAUGUUUUUGUUACAAUUUUCAGAACAAAUUAUGCAGAACGGGAACUUGAUCAGCCGGUCCACCAUGACAAAGGUGAUUUAAGCCACAAGAAAUGCCAGAGCACUACAUAGAUAAGAGUAAUAAAAUGCAUGAAAUAUUUGAGGAGGCAUCAACCCACAGACACUACUGUAAUGGUAGUAUCUGUGGGUUGACAGAUACUACAUUAUAUUAAACUAAAAUUUGACAAACUAUUUUUGUUCAGACAAAGAAAUGCAUUAGUAAAUUUAGGAUUUUAAAUAGAGCACAGAGAAUUUUGAAUAGUUAAUAAUCAAAUGUAUGUUGUGUCAUAAUUCAUGCUCUCCCUGAAAGAUAGAUCUUUCGCUUGCAUCACUGUGGUCCAGAGGCCACGACUCUGAGGCAAGCUAUUUACACAAAAAUAGGCUCACUACCUCAAAGAGGUGGUCAUGCAGUUCACAUAAAAUGGGAUGGUUUCUAUAUAUUGUGAUGUAUGAGCAAACAGUUCUGUUAUCUGAAGAAACCUUUUCACCUUUAAAAAAAGGGUUUUACUGGACACAUUAUGCAUCAAUAGCUCAAAUCAUCACUAAUUGUUGUGUUUGCAUUUUACAUCUGAUUUUGUGUUGAUAUACUUUAACCCCUUCAGUUUUUACUAAGACUGUGCUACGAGCAUGUUGUAAGACUGUUUCAUUGUCACUAUGUCUCCUAUCAAGAUAUCUUCGGCAUCAGUUUCAAGUAUCUUGUGUAUAUUACCUUUUUAAAUGACUCAGAAAUGGUUGCUUGUUUAUAGUGAAAAUGCAUGUUUUAUAAAAUCCAGAAGAUGAAACAAUUGACUUUGAGAUCCUUGGGAUGUAUAAGACAGGACUGAUGGAGUGAUGCAUUACUCAGUGCUUGAUGCUGAUAUUAGGCUAAAUGACAGACCUCGAGGGGUGAGAGUCCUGUUCUGAUCAUCAAAAGUUUAAUGUUGUUAUAAUCAAAGCCAUCUGUAGUCACGUCCUUCUCAGCAUAGUGAACAGUGUCACAAUGAAGGAGCUGUAAUAAUCUUCAGGCCACCCCCCCCCCCCAAUCCCCCCACUCACAUUACAUGGAGCUGCACCGCAAACAGCACAUCUGUACCCUCCCAACCCCUCUCCCUCCAUCCCCCACAUAUCUUUUAUGUUCAAUGAAAGUGAAGGAAUUAAACAGCUGCAAGCUUGGCUCAGCAUAAUCUCCCAGCACAGUUGUAUUUCUGCAAGCCGGUGCCUGUGGAGGGGAGAAUCGGGACCACUUCACCGUGGAGAAGGCAGAGACGGUACGUCGCCAAUGGCAACCUAGGACGGUCCUUUGAAGUGCCGCCGUGGGAAGGAGGAAUGCUUGAACUCCAUUAAUUUCUCACCUCCAGAAGGACUGUUUUUGAGGCGCAAGUCUGUUCUUCGUUUCCACUGGACACGCGCAUUAGUGGGAUUAUUUCUCUUUUCCUCCAGCAAUUGAAAGUGAUCAAAUGAAAGUGGGGCUACCCUAGUGCGUGCGCCCAGUCUCAGGGGGACGUCACUGUAGGGGUUUCUGCAGAGCUGCGGAGGACUGAAACGUCGAUUAGCUCAAUCCUCCCACUGUUAAUACACUCUUCCGACAUGCUGCCUCAAAGACGGUUAGAUGUUCAGUCGACUGUGGGCCCGCGCGCAGCUUUUACUCUGAGCUUGUCUUGGCUGUGCUAACAAAGCUACUGAGGGGCUUGGGUGGCUUUUACCACAAGUACAGACUGGACCCUAAAGUCACAGAUUCCAGCCUUGACCUCUGUCAGAAAUUUCUAUCUAUGACAUGUCUCAGUUGACUCAAGAUACUCCUUCAUGAGUUUAUACAAACUUCAUGCUUGGUGUCCACAGGUUAUUAGUUACCCUCAGCAAAAUAGCUCAUUGCUGCUAAAUCUCUCCUGUAGUUUUGCUUGUAGGAUACACACUGCAGUGCUCCUGAGUCAUGGGUGCACUUUGGCAUAGUAGUAACCAGAGGCAAACUGGCCAUUCAAAAUUGGACAAAAGUGGAAAAAUAUUGUUCAAAAAUAGAUACGAAGUAAAUGUUCUUGAAUACUAGACAAAAAAAUAUUGUGCUCACUUGGUUCGUUUUAGAUGAGUGAUGUGGCCUUGAAACGGCAUUUAAAUAAUGCAAGGAGACAGGCAGUUUGAUGUGGUAGAGGCGUAAUAAUACCUGGAGGUCAACAUGCCACCAUCUAUAUUUACAGUCUCUGUGCUGUCUGGUAAGAUCUGCAGAAAUUCAGCAGGGAAACAGUGUCAGCUUUUGUCAUUUUGAUAAAGGUUUUCAGAAUAUUCUUCUUGAAAGUUUAGCCUUUUCUCUAUUGUCAUGCAUUAACAAACAUCACAUUGUCCCUAUAUUGUUAUAUUUAAUAUUGUAUUUACCUCACAGUUAUGUUUCGCCAAGUAGACAACUUUAAAAUUGGCUUAAUUGGGGUUUUCCAUUCAAUUGAAUUCAGUCAGAAUUUAUACAUUCUGUUUCUUUCAAAUGAGCAAGCGGCUGUCAUCUCGGUAAGGUGGUGUACAAUAUCCCCUCUUCUCAGAGUGGUUUUCUUCAUAUCUGCUCAUUUCCUGCAAGCCUGAGGAGGGAGCGCUUAAUUCAGUCUGACUUCUCCGGUUUCUGACUAUUUUAGAGACUCUUACACUCCAUAUUGGUAUUCAACAGAACCUGAUAUAGACUGUAAGAAGAACAAGGACUUGAAAGUCACACCAAAGGUCACAAUCUUGCUGAGGACAUCUGAAAAGACUGAGACGCCACAUUGUUAUUGCUUUCCAUUCGAUCUCUGUCAUGUACAUGCCGAGCAAAGGUGGCUCAAGUUAUGCGUGAACGUAGGUUCACGUGUUUUGUGACUCAUAAUCAACACCCAGCAACGGGUCUGCUUUUCACACUAAGAGCAAGCACUUUUAAGGAUGCUUGACUCUAAAUUAAAUGUGGAAUUACAAACACUUAAAACUUUACAUGAAAAUGCAUAGAUCAUUUAAAUAGUUUAAAAAAGAUGUGGACUUAAAUUUUGAAAUAAAAACAGAUAUGAACAAUU